UGGCGCAGCGCGCGCCCCCUCCCCGGCCCCCGCGCGGUGGGAACCGGCAGCCCCGUCUAGCGCUGACGUCAGACCGUCUGCCUGCCUCCGACCGCGGUCUCGGAGCGAAACCCGAUCUCCUUGGACUUGAAUGAGGAGGAGGCGGCGGCGGCGGCGGCGGCGGAGGCGCUCGGCUGGGGGAAGCCAGCAGCGGAGGCUCAGCCCCGGCGGCAGCGCGCGCCGCGGCUGCCAGCCCAUUUCCCGGACGCCACCCGCGGGCACUGCCGACGCCCCCGGGGCUGCGGAGGGGCAGCCGGGGGGCGCAGGGGAGCGCGGCCCCGAGCACUGAGUCCCGCGGCGCCCCGGGAACUUGGCGGCGCCCCGAGCCCGGCGAGCCGGGGCGCGCCUUCCCCGCCGCGCGCCUCCUGCAUGCGGGGCCCGAGCGCCGGGCGCCGGCCGGAGCCCCCCCCGGCCGCCCCCGAGCCCUCUGCGCCCCGCGCCGCGCCGCCGCGCCGUCCAUGCACCGCUUGAUGGGGGUCAACAGCACCGCCGCCGCCGCCGCCGCCGGGCAGCCCAAUGUCUCCUGCACGUGCAACUGCAAACGCUCUUUGUUCCAGAGCAUGGAGAUCACGGAGCUGGAGUUCGUUGAGAUCACCAUCAUCGUGGUGGUGGUUAUGGUGAUGGUGGUGGUAAUCACGUGUCUGCUGAGCCAUUACAAACUGUCCGCUCGCUCCUUCAUUGGCCGGCACAGCCAGGGCAGGAGGAGGGAAGACGCCCUGUCCUCGGAAGGAUGCCUCUGGCCCUCGGAGAGCACGGUGUCAGGCAGUGGAAUCCCGGAGCCGCAGGUCUACGCCCCGCCCCGGCCCACCGACCGCCUGGCCGUGCCCGCCUUCGCCCAGCGGGACCGCUUCCACCGCUUCCAGCCCACCUACCCGUACCUGCAGCACGAGAUCGACCUGCCGCCCACCAUCUCGCUGUCAGACGGGGAGGAGCCCCCGCCCUACCAGGGCCCCUGCACGCUCCAGCUGCGGGACCCCGAGCAGCAGCUGGAACUGAACCGGGAGUCGGUGCGCGCGCCCCCAAACAGAACCAUCUUCCACAGCGACCUGAUGGGCAGCGCCGCGCUGGGCGGCCCCUGCCCUCCCAGCAGUAACUCGGGCAUCAGCGCCACGUGCUACGGGGGCGGCGGGCGCAUGGAGGGGCCGCCCCCCACCUACAGCGAGGUCAUCGGCCACUACCCCGGGGCCUCCACCUUCCAGCACCAGCAGAGCAGCGGGCCGGCCUCCUUGCUGGAGGGGACCCGGCUGCACCCCGCACACAUCGCCCCCCUGGAGAGCACAGCGGCCUGGAGCAAAGAGAAGGAUAAACAGAAGGGACACCCCCUCUAGGAGUCCCGGGGGGGCCAGGGCCGGGGCCGCAGUAGGUAAAACAGCAAAACACUCCGCACUUCUUGAAAGAAAAGAGAGAGGAGGACGGGGCGACACACAGGAGACUGCACCGCAUGAGCAUAUUCUCCCCACCUCUCUGUGUAUAAAUAUUUACAUGUUCUGUCUGGUCUGAAUGCACAAGCUAAGAAAGCUUGCAAAAAAAAAAAAAAAACCAUGUUUCUUUGUUGAGCUGUGUCUUGAAGGCAAAAGAGGAAAAAAAAAAUUCUACACUAGUCUUUUCUGUUUCUAGUUGA